AUGGCUGCCAACGAGUGCCCCGCGCAUCGGCCGUCGGCGUUCGAGGAGUUGAUCGCCAGCGCGCCGGCGGUGCUGGAGUCGCUGCCGGAGGAGUCGCGGCGCGCGGUGGCGGCGACGUCGUGGGCGGCGCUGCUGGCCACCCUCAAGCACACCUCUGCCGUGCUCCUCGUGUCGCUGGGGACGCUCGACGAGGGCGCGCUGGCAGUGGUGCGCGGGCUGGCGCGGCGCAUGGAGCGGCGGAACGUGCCAGCGCCGAGCAGCUUGCGACUGUGGGUCUUCGCGCGCGACAGGUGCAACGACUCGCUCUGCGCACACACACACGUGGAGGUUGCCGCGGACGACGCCGCGACGGUCGUCGACCUGGCUGACGCGCUGCGAGCACGGUCCUCGCUUGACGGCGGCGCAAGGAACAUUCUGGAGCAGCUGGCGGUGCAGUCGGGGGCCCCUGUGCGGGUGCGCGCCAUAUCCAUCCGACUGGGCCCCGAGUGUGGUACCUGGAACUCAAGGCGGAGGAGGGAGGCGCUGAUGCUGCUGCUGGGGCGGCCGGCGACGCAAGAACACCUCAAGGUGCUUCGGGUGAGCGGACUGGAGUUUCGUCGACGUCGUCCCGCGACUCCGCACCUGGCGCAGCUGCUCUCCAGCAUCCCGAACCUGGAGUGUCUCAAAGUGGACCCGCCUGGCGAAGGUUGGCGGAUCUGCAAGGACAUCUGCGACGGCCUGCGGGGUCUGCGGAGGCUCCGCAGGCUCCACCUGUGGUGUCCCCCUCACGGGGACGAGCUCCUCCCCCCCCCAAACGAAACAAUGCCGGUGACUGAGGCAAUGUUGUCGCUGGCGAGCAAAGGAUGCAUCGAGGAGCUUCGCCUCACGGGCUUCCACAACUUCCUCUUCGACGACGUCCCGGGGAUCGAGCAGAUGCUGAGGAGCAACACGACGCUGCGGAAGCUCGAGCUCGACGCUAAGUUGUGUGUCAGUGCGUCAGGUGUUGGCACGAAGGUGUGUGGGGCCAUCGGGGCGGCGCUGGGGGCCAACCACACGCUGACGCGUCUAGUGCUGUCGGGCAACGUCAUGGUCGAGGGGAAGCACGGCGUGGCGCUGAUGGAGGGCGUCGGAAAAAACAGGUCGCUGCGGGAGCUCGUCUUCGAGUCAACGUGGCUGAGCGGCGAAGCGCUGGCGGGUCUCGGGAGGGCGGUGGCGGCGGGCAGCGUGCUGUCGCACGUCACUUUGCGCAGCGUGGGGCCUUGCAUGCAGCGCAGCUCGGUGGGUCAGGGCCUGGUGAUGUUUGCACGGUCGGUGAUGGACAAAUCGUGCAUCGAGUCGCUGACGCUGGAAAAUUGUAGCCUCGACGACUACGAGGUGUUCGAGCUCGCCAAGGCGAUCAAGCACGGGGCGCUCGGGAGGACGCUGCAUCAGCUGAAUGUCAGCUACAAUGCGGACAUUACGGACUGGGGGGCGGCGGCGCUCGCGUCGGCCCGGCAGCAGGGAUGCGCACUGGAGGAGCUGCAUCUGAGGGGGUGCUCGGUCAGCAUCGAGGAGCCGAGAGAGUUAGCGCAGGCGCUGCGGACCAACACCACGCUGCGCACGCUCGACCUGAUGUACAACGGCAUCGGUCGUGCGGGAGGCGCAGCGCUGGCUGCUGCACUGGGUGCUGGGUCGGUGCUGCAUGAGCUCCGUCUCGGCGACAAUGACACCGAUGGAUCCCACGCGGCUCAUGCAGACCCGAUGGACGACAGCACGGCGCAGGCGUUCGUGCGCGCGGUGCGGCGCGGGGCGGCGGUGCGGGUGUUUGAUGCCAUGUUCUGGGACAACGUCGCCAACGAGGGCACGCGGGAGGCGCUGGCGGCGCUGGGGUGCCGACGUGGAAGAGAUGCUUACUUGCCGCACGGAUUGUGA